GGCGGUGGCGGCGCUGGCGGCGGCGCUGCGCUGCGCUGCACUGACUGGGCUGGGCCGGGCAGCGGCCGCGACUCAGACGGCUGCCGAGGCCACUGAGGCGCUGACCGGGUGGCCAGUCCGCUGCUGUGCCCUCUAGCAGCCCCUUAGCGCGGCCGGCAUUGCCCCGGCAGCAUCCGGCCACAGCGCUCAGCCUGCUAGUGAGCUGCGGUGGGCACACCCCGGCUCGGCGGCGGCGGCGGCGGCGGACAGGUUAGAGUGGGGGAAGGGGCAGGCGCGGGAGCAGCCCAGGGCCAGAGAGGGAGUCCAAAGCCAGGCGGUCUCCAGCCAUGUCCGACGAGACGUCGGCCACCACUUCGUACGAGAAGUUUCUAACCCCCGAGGAGCCCUUCCCGCUUCUGGGACCCCCUCGCGGGGUGGGCACCUGCCCGAGCGAGGAGCCAGGCUGCCUGGACAUCAGCGAUUUCGGCUGCCAGCUGUCCUCUUGUCAUCGCACGGAUCCACUCCACCGCUUCCACACCAACAGGUGGAACUUAACUUCUUGUGGAACAAGUGUUGCCAGCUCAGAAUGCAGUGAGGAGCUAUUUUCAUCAGUUUCUGUUGGCGAUCAAGAUGAUUGCUAUUCACUGUUAGAUGACCAAGACUUCACUUCUUUUGAUUUAUUCCCUGAGGGGAGUGUCUGCAGUGAUGUCUCUUCUUCUAUUAGCACAUACUGGGAUUGGUCAGAUAGUGAGUUUGAAUGGCAGUUACCAGGCAGUGACAUUGCCAGUGGGAGUGAUGUACUUUCUGAUGUCAUACCCAGUAUUCCCAGUUCACCUUGCCUGCUUCCUAAAAAGAAAAAUAAGCACCGGAAUUUAGAUGAACUUCCUUGGAGUGCAAUGACAAACGAUGAGCAGGUGGAAUAUAUUGAGUAUCUGAGUCGUAAAGUCAGUACGGAGAUGGGUCUUCGGGAGCAACUUGAUAUUAUAAAAAUAAUUGAUCCUUCUGCUCAAAUUUCCCCUACAGACAGUGAGUUUAUUAUUGAACUUAACUGUCUCACAGAUGAAAAACUGAAGCAGGUAUGUAAAGAAAAUACAGAUUGUACAGCUAUGAAGAAAACCAUUAUUUUAUA